AUGUGGCUGGAUAAAUUACAACCUGAAGUUGUACGGAUAUUAGCCGCGCUCACCAACGAGGUCGACAUCCAGAAGUUAGCAGUGAUUGCCGAUAAAACAUCAGACACCGGACCAAUUCGGCAAGUUUCCUUUGUAAGCCCAUCAGACGACCUUACUCUAGAUACCAAUCAACAGUUACAAUUUCUGACAUCGGAGCUAAAGAAACUCUCCUUACGGCUUGAUGAACUUCAAAACAAGCCUAAAAGAAGUCGGAGCAAUUCAGUUGCCCGACACAAUAAUCGUAGACCACGAUCAGCGUCGCGACGCCCCCGUCACUCUCAACAUGGUAAUUGCUGGUACCACGAGGUGUUUGGCUCGCGCACUAAGAAGUUCCAGCCGCCAUGUGCCUUCCAAAACACGUUCCCAACAGGGAAACGGCCAGCCUGGCAACCAUUAGAGACGUUGGCUGCCAGGGCUGACAAUAAAAAUCGCCUGUUUUACAUUUGUGACUAA